GCUCUCAUUUCUCAAUCAUUAAUUUUGGAUCUUAACACAGAAAAGAAAUCACAAACGGAAAAGGAAGGAGCUAGAGAAGACGAAGAAGAUGUCGUUGGUAUGGCUAGAAGCGUUGCUGCCUCUUGGAAUCAUCGGUGGAAUGCUAUGCAUCGCGGGAAAUUCUCAGUACUACAUCCACAAAGCUUACCAUGGCCGUCCUAAGCACAUCGGCCACGAUGAAUGGGAUGUAGCUAUGGAAAGACGCGACAAGAAGGUCGUCGAGAAAGCUACAGUUCCUUCCUCAUGAUCAGCUUUUAUAUCUCUUUUGUGUCCCUCAGGUGGUUAAGAUGAACACUUGGGGGCUGACAAAUAAAGUGCAUUUCAGACGAUGAAGAAGAAGAAGAAGCUGGGGGAUCUAAUACUUUCGUUCCCAUUUGAUUUUCCUUGGCCAUAUUAAAGUUUUCAGAAAUCAGACCGUAAUGACAUUUGGGGUUUAUUAACAUUUCUCUAUUUGUUGUGAUAUUUUGUAUGCUUUUGAGUUGCAUGAUACACUGUACUGUACUACUCUCUUGCUUUGUGAGUUAAUAAAUGAAUAUCUCUGGAAAGAUGGCUUAUCCCA